AUGGACAUCUCUUCGGAGCUCAAAGUAGGAGCGCGUGCUCAGGUACAAGGCAAGAUUGGUUUAAUUCGCUUUGUCGGCACCACCAGUUUCCAGACAGGCAAAUGGGUUGGCAUCGAACUCGACGACCCUCAAGGUAAAAACAGUGGUGUCGUUCAAGGCAAACGUUAUUUCGAAUGCAGAGCCAACCAUGGCGUCUUUGUUCGUCCCAGUCAAGUCAAAGUC